UACGAGCUGUGCGAGAGAGCUGUGGUUGGCUGCGGCCAUAGAGUUUCUAAAUAAAUACUAAUAUAAAAAUGGCUGCGGCCUUGUUUUCAUAUCCGGUGUGAAAGUGAAAGACCCACUGUCUGUGACGUAGAAUCCUUCGGAAACGUAAACACAUAUGCGCCGAUAAAGUAGUUCCUUUCUGAUGCGUUUUCCGUUCGUCCCUGUUCGGCAGUUGUUCCUUGUUUCUGCGCGGCUCAGCGAGAUGCCGCUCUACGAACCAAACGUGCCAGUCAAGAAAGCAACCUUUGCACUAUCAUGAUUCUGGUUCCCCGAGGCGCAGUACGGCUGCGCCCCGGGGGUGGUUCGCACCCGCGUCGGGUACACUGGUGGAACUACGAAGGACCCAACCUACCGAAGCCUUGGCGACCAUACAGAGACUGUUCAACUGGAAUAUGACCCUACCAACACAGAUUACAAGACUCUUCUGAACAUGUUUUGGGGAUUUCAUGAUCCAACUGCCUGCCACAAGCGACAGUACAUGUCUGCUAUUUUUUACCAUGACAAGGAACAGAAAGCUGCCGCUGAGGAGAGCUUGAAGCAAUACCAGAACAAGUUAGGCAAGCAAGUUGCUACGAAGAUCUUGGCUGCUGGAACAUUUUAUGAUGCUGAAGAUUACCACCAGAAGUACCUGCUUCGACGCAAUGCAGCUCUUUGUGAAAGUCUGAAGAAGGCAGGUCUGAAGAAUUUCAAGGAGAGUCAUGUUGCAGCCCGGUUAAAUGGCUACUGCUGUGGUGGUGGCAGUCUAGCUAAUUUUGAAGCUGAGUAUCAAAAGCUAGGGCUCACAGACAUGCAGGCUGUACUGGUUCGGCAGUGCAUGAAGUCGUAGUCUCGGACUGCUUCACAAUUAACAUAUGCUACAAAAUUGCAUUACCCCAACACCUAUUCUGCCCUAUGCUUAUCAGGAUGGUAAUGCAGACAGUGCACAUAUGACAUUCAUCGAGGCAAGACAUCUGUCUCUCGUUGAGUUGAUGUUUGAUGUUGGCUGCAGUACGCUGUGGGCUUUGUGGCAGGAUUUGCAAUAAAGGUGUUCCCUACUUA